UGUAGGUUAUGUUUGCAAUUGGCAGUCCGAGUCCGCAUGAUUCUGAUUCCGCCGUCUACCGUGUACGAGAUUGUUAUUUUUCGUAGGAAUGCAGUUUUAACUUACGUAUUCCUGUUUGUUCUCGGGCAUCAAUUCCAUAGCUUUCGAGCUCCUGAAGUUUUGUUUUCUUUUUCAAGUUUUGAGCCCACACAAUGCCCCUUCCGCCAGCCCUUGCUGCUAGACUCUCCAAACGAGGCAUCGUUCCACAAGUUACAGAAGAAAAACCAAAGCCAACUGUCAACAAAGAUGAUGAAGAAAUUAUAGCAGAAGAUUAUGAUGACCUCAAGAAGAAAGAGGAGCUCAUGAACAGCCUGAAACACUCCUAUGAAAACUCUGAUGAAGGUGAAAAAAGUGAAGAUGAAGAAAUGUCAGACUCGGAGUUGGUGAAAAGGAAAUUCAAAGGUUAUCCAGGCUGCCCAAAUAAAUGUAACAUUUAUCAUGAAUGCACAAAGUUUUGUGAGGAAAAUUGGGGUGAAGGCCACAUAGAACCUGAUUUGCGCUAUCUGCACAGGAGGAAGUUAUUGUUAGAGAAGUAUCCUUUGCCCAGUAAUUGGAGAGAAAUUUUUGAUCCUGGAGUUGGAAAAUUCUAUUACUGGGACUAUGACACGGAUAAUGUGAGCUGGCUUCCACCACUGCACCCGAAAGCAGUCAUCAGUGAAUCGGCAGCUCAUAUACGAGAAGAGAGGUAUCUGGCCGCAGGAGACAAGGCUGAUGAUGAUGAAGGAGAUGAUGACAAACAAGACGACAACAACUCGAGUGACUCUGAAUCUGACGAUGGAUCACUGCAUCACUCCUCACCAAGUGAAGAUUCAGAAGAGAGCGACACGGAAGAGCGCCUACAAGAAGAAAAGCGGCGGAAAAUAGAAGAACAUGAGAAAGCAAGAGCCCGAGGAAGGACUAAAAAGAAACACAAUGAUAUUGACCCUAUGGACCCUGCGGCCUAUUCUGAUAUCCCUAGGGGAAAAUGGACGGAUGGUCUGAAUAGGAACAAUGAAGCGAAGACAGGCGUUGACGUCACAGUCUCUGGACCCCUCUUUCAACAGAGACCUUAUCCUAGUCCUGGUGCAGUUCUUCGAGCAAAUGCAGGGAAGAAAGAAAGUAGUUGAGGAGAAUGAAAUCUGUUUGAUCUCCUAAUCCAUUUCUUGUAAUGUAUUUUAAUCAGAUGUUGAAUUUUACCACCAAGGUUUCGAAUUUCAAAACCAAGCAUACUGGAAUCCUAACCAUUCAACAUCAUACAUCUGACUGGUUGUCUGACUUCAAGAAAGUUAAACAAUGCCCAGGUUAACUCACUGUUUUGAUUUCCUAACUUCUGAGAUGUUUGCAAUAAUGGAGCAUGCAACAGGAAUUUUGAAUUCAUCCAUUUAAUUUAAUCUUGUGUAAAAAUUUUUGAGAGACAUUACGAUAUCACUGGUUGUCCCUAUAAAUCAGCUUUCAAGCUCAGAACCAGCUCUUAAAUUUAAGGCUGCAUUGAAAAUGAUCAGAGUUAGUCUUACAAGGGAGUCUUGCUAUGUCUUAGACUUAGGCUCUCUACGACUUGCAUUGAAAAAAUCUGCACUUUGAGUGCUACACCUUACUAAUCAUACAGAUUAUUACAGUCAAGCUCCCAAUAUCUGUUAUUUUGUAACCGACAGUAGGUUAUCUCUUUUUGUGAAGAAAUCCUCAUUUGAUCUCAGUUCAAGUUUCAAUGUGGUGUUAUGCCACCGACUUAAGUUUCUGAGUUUUCUGUACCAACUUGUGUGUAAGUUUAAGAAAUACCCUCCUCUCUUAAUCGCUGAUAAAUCCACCCAUUGUACAAAAAGUCAAUAAAUUAUUUUUGUUUUUAUCUUUA